AAAAACCUUCACUGAAUCUUCAGAGCAUCGAGUGUGUUCAAGAGGAAAAUGAAGUCUGCUGCAGUUUUUGUUGUCUUUGCUGGUCUACUUAUUGUUUAUGUACAAGGACAGGCCAGGACAAGUUCAUCGAGGUGUUUGUGUCAGGGUCCUCUGGCCAAUGUAGUUCGUCUACAACGUAUUGACAAGAUAGAAUUUUAUCCUGUUAGUGCAUCUUGUGAAAAUGUGGAAAUCAUUGUCACUCUGAAGAACGGUGCAGGGAAAAAAUGCUUGAAUCCAAAAUCGGAAUUUACUCAGAAAUACAUCAGUGCAAUGUUAGAAAAAAGAAGUGCUGAGUAAAUGUCUGACAUUACUGAGCUGAAGUGAAAAUAGAGGGCACAGAGACAGCUUAAUAUAUUUUAAAUAUUGUACAAAAUGUAUAUAAGUUUUAAAUGUUAUGUAUAUUUGUUUUUUAUGUUUUUUUAUUGUACAAACUGUCCAUAUAAUAUGUUUACUGUUUAAUGUAUUAGACCUAUUUUUUGUUAUUGCUGGAUGUAAAGUACUUUUAAAGAAGAAAGAAAUGGUAAAAAAUUUGUAUACUUACCUUUAUGUUCACUCACCUCAAGUCAAUAUAUAAUAAAGCUAAAUUAUA